AACAACGGCAGCAGCAAAGGCAAGCGAGAUUGGGACAUCAAUGAUGCGAUCGUGCCGCAGGUGGCCGACCUGGAGUUCGACGAGUUCAGCGAGUGGAGCGAUGGGCAUGUGCGUCUGGUCUAUUCGGUGCACAACGAGGAGGCCAAGAAGCACAUCUCCGGCUGGGCAAUGCGCAACACCAACAAUCACAAUGUGAACAUCUUGAAGAAGAGCUGCCUGGGCGUACUUGUCUGCUCGCAGCAUUGCACGUUGCCCAACGGUACCAAGAUCAAUCUGCGCCCUGCCAUAUGCGAUAAGGCGAGGCGCAAGCAGGAGGGCAAGGCGUGCCCCAACAAGAGCUGCCGCGGCGGUCGCCUGGAGAUAAAGCCCUGUCGCGGUCACUGCGGCUAUCCGGUGACACAUUUCUGGCGGCAUUCGGGCAAUGCCAUCUUCUUUCAGGCCAAGGGCGUGCACGAUCAUCUGCGACCCGAUCCCAAGAAUUCGAGUGUGUCGAAACGAGCCUUCGGACGGGUUUCCCUGACGGCCGGCAAGGCCAACGCCAAUCUGACGGGGAGUAGGUCGAACAGCGUGCCCAAGAAGUCGGUCAUAGCGGGCUUGGUGAAGCAGGUGAAGCAGCAGCAGAAUCUCAUGAGCAAAGUGCUCAAGCGCUCCACAGCCAGCCAGCCUCUGGGCCAUUCGGCUCUGGAGAUAUAUCAAUUCAAUGCCUGCGGCAAGUGCACCACGUAUAGCCACUGUACGUGCAGCUAUUUGGAGGAGAGCACGCGCGCCCAUCAGUUGAGUCAAUCCUCCAACUACAUGAGCAGCUCCUGGCCGUUGGCCGCCAAUGUCAGUGAGCCAGCGAACUGUGAGUCGUCGGCGAAUGUGUUCACAGUGAAUCAUCAGCAUAUUACCUACAACUAUCCCAUAUACCAUGCCACGCCCACUGCUGCCACUGCUGCGCCCAGCAAAUCGCCCAGCUUGCCCUACACGUGCAUCUCGGAGCUGGCCUAUCAGCCGGCCAAUCAAUCCAAUCCGUCUAGCUAUGCUAGCAAUGCAAUCAGCAAUGGCAGCUGCCAGCUGGCAUAUGAGUCCAGUCCGCAACUGGCUACGCCAGAGCCGGAGUUCAUAAACUAUUCGCAGAUCAAGCACUUGGAGCUGGGCUGCAAGAGCGAAACGACGCCCACGAUCAAGUACAAUGCGACCGUGGAGACGCAGCCAGUGGCGAGCUAUGCGGAGGAUAACUACGAUUACUACUACCAGCGUGAGUCAAAUAAGUCAGACUACGAGCUGCAGCACCAGCAGCAGCAGCAGCACCAACAGCAGCAGCAUUACGGCAACAUUUCCGGCGGACACGCUCACUACUACGAGAGCGCCAAUAGCUACAGCGGCGUCAGCUACUUUGAUACUGGCACUACAGCGCCGGGCAGCGGUAGCGUUAACAGUGGCGCCAUUGGCAGUGGUAGCGGCAGUGGCUUGAACCCGAGUUUGGAGCACGGCAGCUAUGGCAGCUAUUACGAUCAUUAUGCCAAUUAUGAACAACAGAUGGCGGUGGCAGCAAAUGGUUUUGCUGUCGCUGGCGGCACUGCUGCUGCUGCUGCUGCGUCUGCUGUCACAGCUGUGGCGCCACCUGCACCAACGCUCACUUAUCAUCAUCAUCAUCAUCACCAUUUGCAUCAUUCGACGCAACACGCCCCCCCACAAGCAGCCGCCCAUGCGGCCCAUUGA